GAAAUAUGUCAUUGGUUGUCUGCCCACUUUACUGAUAUUUUCACUGUUCACAAUCCCGCGUUUUCUUUUACAGGUGCAGUUUCCCAUGCUCAAGUGACGAGUAGUACAAUUGUUAACAUGACAAUGGCCUCUCACACACCACACGCUCCCGUAGUCACUACUUCUACCAUUCCUGUCGCAAAAGUUGUUCCUCAACCAAUAACUCACAUGUCCCCACGGAUCCAGCCUGACUAUACAACAGAAAGAGGGAACCUGAUCCCCAUCCCUGGUCACAGGGCCUCGCCUAACCCUGUUACCAUGGAAACGCGAACUGAGAACCGACAAGUAUCUAUGCAGUUCCAGUAUUAUCUGCCAGCUUACCCACCAUCGGCUGCCAUUCCCGGCUACUCAACGCUGGCACACACCUUCCCAAUAAGCAGCACAGUGUCUACAAUACGCCAAUACCCAGUUUCAGCACAAACCCCAAGCUCCGUGUCAGCAGCAGCCAUUGCAGGUCAGGCGGGUGUGGGUGUGGCCUCUACGGUCCAUCUGAACCACAUGCAGCUGAUGACAGUCGACACCACUCAUGCACGUCACAUUCAGGGGCUUCAGCCAGCGUCGAUUGGUGCCCAGGGGCUUCAGCCUACUUCAAUCGGUCCCCAAGGGAUUCAGCCAGCUCCACUUGGGGCACAGGGGAUUCAGUCAACGUCUAUCAGCACCCAAGCUAUGCAGCCUGCACCACUUGGCCCUCAACAGACCACCGAGAACAAACCACCAGCAGUGGUGCUAACAGAUGGAGCCACCAUAGUAGCAAAUCCUAUCAGCACUUUCAAUGCAACCCCUGCUGUGACCACGGUGAUCCAGACCCACACUCAGAGCAGCAGUUCGACUGCGCCAGCACAGGGAUCGUCUCCACGGCCCAGCAUUCUGCGUAAGAAGCCUGCCUCUGAUGGCCUGGCUGUCCGAAAAAGCCUCAUUCCUCCACAGCCAACAGAGGCUACAAGCCCUCGACUAGAUGGCACAAUGCGAAAUGCAUCAGGAUCCCCACGACCAGUUGGUGCCAAAACCAAACCAGAAAUCCACGUUUCCAUGACUGCGCCAGUGGCUGUUGCCAUGGAGGCGGUCAGCAGCCAGAGUAUGGAGCAAAUGCCUGUGCUGGGACAGCCGAAUUCCCAGCAGCCUCAGCCACCAAUCCCUACCCUCAUUGCAGCUGCAGCCCCUCACGCUCAACCUACAGCCUUGUCAACUGUUACAGCGGCUGUCUCUGCCACGCCUUCAAGCUCAGUCUCCAUGGCCACAGUGGUAGCUCCUCCAACGCAGCCGGUCGCCAUUUCUGUUCCUGUCUCCAUGAGCUCAGCAUUACCCGAGGCUAAAAUCAAACAAGAGAGCGAGCUUGUGGACACACUGCAGCCAGUGUCGGUUACGGUCUCGUCGUCACAGUCCAUGUCAGUGAGCUCAGCUGCUCUGACUCCAAUGGUGAACAACCUUGGUCUUCCUGGUAAUGAACUGCUGCCUGGUGCAUCCCCUCGGAAGAAACCCCGCAAACAGCAGCAUGUCAUCUCCACAGAAGAGAGCGAAAUGAUGGAAACAAACAGCACAGACGAAGAAAAGAACAGCACCAGCAAGCCGGUACUCCUUAAAGCAGAGAAAAGGAAAUCGCCUCCCAAAGAAUAUAUAGAUGAAGAGGGUGUGAGAUACGUUCCUGUACGCCCUAGACCCCCAGUCACGUUGCUUCGUCAUUACAGGAACCCUUGGAAGGCAGCUUACCAUCAUUUCCAGAGAUACAGUGAUGUGAAAGUCAAAGAGGAGAAGAAACCCACGUUGCAGGAGAUAGCCAAUCAGAAAGGAAUUGUCUGCAAGGCCCAGGGUUGGAAAGUGCAUCUCUGUGCUGCACAACUCAUGCAGCUGACAAGUUUGGAACAUGAUGUAUACAGCCGCUUGGCUUCAUUACAGGAAGGACUGAUUCCAAAGAAGAAAGCCGCUGCAGAUGAUGACAUGCAUCGAAUCAACGAGCUGAUCCAGGUAUGUGGAUGUUUCAUACGAGGUGCUUGUCCAGUAGCCUGGAAAAUCUGCAAAGGUACCACCUCUGGAUUGUUAUCAUGAGCAGGCUAAAUACAG